CACGUGACCAGCCCUGAGCCAAUCGCAGCGGGGCCCCGCGUCGCCAUGGCAACCGCCUGUAAACAAGAUGGCGGCGGGUGGAAGAUGCCAGGCUGUCUCCUAGGACCAGGAAUCCAGGCAGCCUCCCCUCCUGCUCCAGGGGACAACACUGAAAAGGAACAUGGAGGGUGCAGCUCACACCAACACGGAGCUCACGCCCUCCACGAUGCAAAAAAUCUCUCUGCUGGAACAAACAGUAGAGAAACAAGCACAAGAAAUCCAGCUAAAGGACAGGAGGAUUGCUGAGCUCGAGGAGAAGAUAAAGGCUCUUCAGGGAGGGGAAGGUGCUCCUGACUCAUCCACCCUAGAAGAGCUGGAAGUGAGAUGCCUUCAGCUGCAGGCCCAGGUCAGCGAGAUGGAGCGGUUUCUGAAUGACUACGGCCUGAUUUGGGUCGGAGAGACCCAGGAUCAGCUGGAAGACACAGGAUCUCUCGGGGAUGAAGAGGAGCUACGACCAAGGAGCCUCUGGAAGCCAGGCGAAGCAGUUGUUUCCAAGCACCGGAUUGAUUUUGAUUUAAUCUUGGAGAACGUUAAAUAUUUGAACCUGCUGGCUGGAGAAGGCAGCUCUCAAAUCAAGCACACACUCCGGGGGGCUCGGCUGAAGCAGCCAGAACCAGUCCCUCUCACCCUCUACCAAAAUGGGAUCGUCAUGUGCAACGGAGCCUUCCGGCCCUACCAGGACCCAUCCACGCAGCAAUGCCUGCAGGACAUCAUGGAUGGGUAUUUCCCCUCAGAGCUGCAGCAGCGCUACCCCGACGGCAUCCCUUUGCAGGUCGCUGACAGAAGGGACGUGGUGUUUGAGGAGAGGGACCUUCCAAGGAGUUUUCCUGGCCAUGGCCAAAUGGUUGGUCAUCCACAAUCAAACCAAGUGCAGGAAACCACCGAGAUCCCAGGUCCCAAAGCCUCCUUGGAGCAGUUUCCCAACGAGCUUCCCAAGCCCCUGGAACACAGAGGAGGAGUGGUUGGUGUCCAGGGCCCAACUGGAGCAGCACAGCAGGGCUCUGAGGGGGUGCAGAGCAGCGAAGAGACCCUGCUGGAGACACCCAGGCUGGCUGCCCUGGAGAGGUGCAGGGUGAAGAUGACUGGAGAGGCUGAAGCUCCUCCCCCUGGAGUCUGCACCCUCCGUGUCAGGUCGGAGAGCGGGGAGCACACGCACCUUGUGAGGAUGCUCUUCACUGACACCAUCGGGGACCUGCGCCAGCAUCUCACCCACAUCAGGGGUGGAGACUCCGACUCGUAUGAGAUCAUCAGCACCUUUCCCAAGAGGCUGUACACGGACAACUCCAGGAGCCUGCAGGAAUGUGGGCUGAUCCCCAGUGCCUCCUUGCUGCUGAGGAGAAGAGACCCUUCCCAGCAAGAGGGACAGGGCUGCAAACACCGUAACAGCUCCUCAUCCCAAGCUCUGUAAGGAGAAGGAGCUGCCUCUCACCUGUUAUAACCUGCCCUGGCUGGGAAGAGGUUUCCUUUCCAGAUUUAGUUUCCUUGUGCCAUUACCUGGGAUGGAAAAAAGCCUGGAGCAGUGGUUUCACCUCUCCCUGUGGCAGAGGGUGCCAGGCCCACUCCUGCUGCCUCACAGUGGGUGCUGUUCCCCAACACAGGUGGGCUCCCAACCCAGGGACACUUCCACCAGCUCACACCUGGGAUCCAGGCCUGGUUCCUCACUUGUGUGGAGUUAGAGAAGCUGAUCUCUGCCCAGGGGAGCCCACCAGCUUCACGCUGGUACUGGGCUCAGGGACUCUAUAGCAUCAGGGCAGACACACAGCCAGGGGCAGUUUGCUUUCCACACAUGGCUGGUCCCCCCAGAUUUCAACUGCACUGACACCAGGGGAGAGACAGGCCCAGUCCUACGGUCCCUGGUGAAGCUAAACCUGAAGGCCUUGAGCCGUUGCAAUGCUGGGACCGAGCCAGACUCGACUCAGCCGGGAGAUCCUGCUGCUGGGCUUCCUGUACGUGCACAACUCCUUCCCUUGGACAGCCCCCAGCUCCAGCGGGGCCCAGGCUCCAGCCUGCCUGCACUCACUCACCCGCCCUCCCUCCCUCCCUCCUCCUCCUCCUCCUGCUGGAGCUGGAUGCUGCAACAGGACACCGUGUCAUUGGAGAAGAGCGUAAUCCCUCCGCGGCUUCUCCACGGAGCCCUGAAUAAAGCAUCUUCCUCCUGCUCCGUGGGCUGGGGCUGCACUUUGCAGGCCCUUUUCCCCUUCCCCAGCACAUUCUUCCCAUUCCAGCUGUGACAAGCUCCCACUUGACUCCCAGCUGACAACACUCCCACUCACUCGAGGCAGCGCCUUCUGGCAGGUUCCCUGUGAGCAGACCCAGCCCUCAUUAAAGGCUCCCAGUGAAACCCUUUAUUCCUGUUGCAGCUUCCACUUCCUUUAGAUUCCAAAAGGCACAGUUACUGCGGAAGCUCAGGGUGCCCAGAGCUCUUCCCAGACCCCUCCAGCUGGAGCUGGACCCUGCCACAACUCAAAUGCAGGAAGCAAACCAGCUGCUUCCACCGGCUUCCCGUGACCAGUGACUCAACCCACCCAGCUCUCACUCAGCUUCCUCCUUUUUCCACCUGCAGUAGAUCCAGGGGCAGCCUUUCCUGGUCUACAUCCAGCCAGGUAAUCCUUGUGCCAGGGGGUUGUUUUUUGCUCACGUGUCUGGCUGAAGCUGUCCCUGCCUCGGGCUGUUGCUCUCACCACGCAGAGGAGAGGAAUGUUCGAGUGAGGAACCUGUCACUACCACGCCGUGGGACACUCAGACAAGUCCUGUGAGCCUCUGAUUAGCAGCAGCAAUCUAAGGUGUUAAGAUCUUUGUGUCAGGCUGCAGCAGCGAGUACAACCGACUGGGCUCCUCAGAGCUGGAAGUGACUCAGAAUCAUUACGUGGGGUGAUGUUUAACCUGUAGUCAAAAUAAAACCAGAUUUGAAAGAAACGCAGGGAGCACCAA